AAUUUGAAAACUAUUUCAGUCAAUCAUGAAGAAUCAAGUAAUACAGAUUCUUUGUGUUAUAACAGUUUUACUGUCCCUAGGAGAGUCAAAAAAGUAUCUCCUGGAAACAGAUGACCAACUUGAAGGAAAUGUAGGAGGUGCAGAUGGAGAUGACUACUUGAACUUCUUGCCAUUUCAAAAAGGAAGUAGGGAACCAGAUCACAAGAGAAGAAGGGAACAAGCUGAAGAGUGGGAGGAACUGCAAGAAAAACGGAGGAAAGCCAUAGUACCUUGCAAAGCAGAUGAAGAUUGUCCUGAACAAAAUAAAUGUUUGCACGGUCGAUACUGUGCCAUUAAUUGCAGAAGAUGUUGAUCCGGGAACUUAAUUUGAAAUACACGGAUUUCUGCCUGACAGAAGAUGAGGAUGAAGUCAAUUUGAGUAAUUUUGAUGUUUAAGAGUAAAAUAUUUUUUUAAGUUAUGCAGAUUAAUAAUAAAAAUAUAAUUAUUUGA